AUACACUCGAAGUCUACAACACUAUACAGUACAGAAGACAAAAUCCAAAUACUCUCUCUCUUCUCUCUCUAUGCCCUUUGAUCCGGCGUUCUCUUCUCGUUCUCGUCUUCUCGGAGAUGGAGAGGCUCGCGGCUUCGGCGGUGGUGGCGGUGGCGCUGUUGGUGGUGGCAGUCACGUUCUCUCUCAGUCUCCUGUUUUUCGCCGGUGAAUCUGCCAACAAUUUCACCGGAGACACGAAUCUCGGCCGCAAGCCAGAGCUUAAGGGUUUGUGCGAUGAUCUCAUCGAACGCUAUGGUCAUCCUUGCUCCGAACACGAAGUGCAGACAAAGGAUGGUUACAUAUUGGGCCUUCAACGUGUCUCAUCUCGGGCCAAGAUCUUGAGAGAACAAAAGGGUCCUCCUGUUCUUCUCCUGCAUGGACUCUUUAUGUCUGGUGAUGCUUGGUUUUUGGAUUCUGUGAAUCAAUCAUUGGGCUACAUUCUUGCUGAUCAUGGUUUUGACGUUUGGGUCGGAAGUGUGCGUGGGACACGUUGGAGUCAUGGACAUGUAUCUUUAUCAGAGAAAGAUAAGGAAUUUUGGGAUUGGAGUUGGGAGGAAUUGGCUCUUCAUGAUCUUCCAGCAAUGCUCCGUUAUGUAAAUAAGAUUUCAAACUCCAAAGUAUUCGUUGUUGGGCAUUCACAGGGUACAAUCAUGUCUCUGGCUGCUUUCACUGAGCCAGACAUAACAAAAAUGGUUAUGGGUGCUGCCCUUCUUUGUCCUAUAACAUACUUGGAACAUGUCAGUGCUCCAUUUGUUCUUAGACUUGUUAGCAUGCAUCUUGACCAGGUGGUUCUCGCAUUGGGCAUUCAUCAACUUAAUUUUAAAAGUGAACUUGGCGCUCAAAUCUUGGAUUUUGUAUGUGAUGAUGGGCGUGUAGACUGCAACGACUUGCUAACUUCCAUUACAGGGAUAAACUGUUGCAUUAAUAUCUCUCGAAUUGAUUUCUAUCUUGAAUAUGAACCUCAUCCAUCAUCAUCAAAGAAUCUGAAUCAUCUUUUCCAGAUGAUCCGUAAGGGUACCUUUGCAAAGUAUGACUAUGGAAAGUUGAAAAACAUCAAAAGAUAUGGCCAGUUUAAACCCCCCAAAUUUGAUCUUUCUCGUAUACCCAUAUCUUUGCCGUUAUGGAUUGGGUAUGGGGGAAAUGAUGCCUUAGCAGACAUGACAGAUUUGCUGCACACUCUUAAGGAAUUACAGUCCGACCCAGAGUUGCUUUAUCUUGAGAACUAUGGUCAUGUAGACUUUCUUUUGAGCGUGACAGCAAAGAGAGAUGUUUAUGAUAGUAUGAUCGGGUUUUUCAGAUCAUUGCGGGGAAAGUCUAGUAUUUCGUCUUUGUAAGAUAUGACCAUUGCUUUCACAUAGACUUGUGCAUAUUUUGUAAAUGAUUUUUUCUUUCCACGGUUAUAUAUUUGUUAAGUCAAUGAAAAAUGCCGAGAAUUUGUGUAAGCUGGUAACAAAGGCGGAGCAAUUUUAAAAUUUUCAGAAGUUCCUUUCGUACUUA